AUGUCUUCUAGUGAUUCGCCUUCUAUCUUUAUCACACCACAAACUCCUCCAAGAUCUCAAAGAAGAAGAAGCAAUCCAAAUGCCACUCCUUUACAAUCAAAUCAUUUAUUAACUCCUUCUACAGUAUCUAAAAAACAACAAAAAAGUCCCGUUACUACUAGAAGAAAACAAGACACUAUUCUGACUAGCAAAUUCCCUUUUACUCCAGCUACUCCACAGAAAUCACCUUGUAAAUCUAAAAAAAAUUUAGAUUUAUUCACUUCAAACGAAAAAUUUGGCAUUUUAUUACCAUCUCCUUCAACCAUCGGUUCAGGAAGAUGUCAUAAUUCUAUUAUUCAUGGACCACCUCCUGUUUUUGAUAUGAAGAAAUUUACUCCAUUUAAAGUACCUGCUACUCCUAGAAAACAAAUUGUAGAUGAACCAAAAUUACCUGUAUCUGAUUCCGAUGAAGAUGAUUGGGAAGUUAGUACAAUGUCUGAAGUAGACAAAAUCCCAAGAGCUAAAUUAACUAAUCCAUUCAUAGAUAAUGGUGAACAUAAGACAGCCCCAUCACAAUCCCUUUCUCCUAAUGGUAUAAAUUAUGAUACUCAUAUGGAAUUGAUAAAUAAUAGAACAGGCAAAAAGAGAAUAGUAAAAUUAACUAAAAACCAAAUGAAAAUUAAACCUAAGAAAUUAUCCUUUGAUGGUAUAUAG